UUGGAGACAGCUAGAUUUUUAAAAGAGAAUUUUAAAUGAAUUAGUAUUUAUAAAUGUCAGUUUCGUCGCAUACAAUUAUUGUUCAUUUGCUGUGCUAUGCCAUACGCACAAUGAUGUUGUAAUUCUACUCUGAGCUGUUAAGAUCGGCUUUGCUUAUAAUUCUACACGUAUAAUUACUUAUCAGACAUUUGUUUUCUUUAAAACAUAUUGGUCUACAGUUGUAUUAUAUUAGGCAGGGUGCAAAGCUUACUUGUAUCAGUAAUAUACUAGGCAUUACAUGUAAACAAUACAAAGAGGAGAGAAAGUAUGAGUUUCAAGUAUAACCUGGACAGGUUUCGCUUUGCGAAAAAUAUGGACAGAAAUAAAUCUCUCGUUUCAGAGGGGUUCAGAUCCGAAAGCCCAGACUCGGAGAAGGAAAAUAAAACAGUAACCGUUGUCCCAGAGACUCCGGAACCAAAACAGCCACCACGCUUCAAGCGCAUAAACGUCAUUCAAAUUUCGGACUCUGACUCAGAAUCAGAAGAUAUACAGAAGAGAAAGUUUACCUGGAAGAAGACUGCAUACAAUAAAAAUUCUGAAGAUUCAGAUGAGGAACAAUCCACAGAUGAACAGUUCCAAAAACUAAAGGAGAUUUUCCCGCAUAAAGAUGACGGUAAACUGUUAGAGGCAUUAAGAUCUACAAGUACUCUGGAUGGAGCUGUGGCCUUCUGUCUGGUACUGUUUGGGAAGGAAGAGAAUGUUCGAAAAAGGAAGAAAGAUGAUUCUUCAAAAAGCAGCUCUCAGGAUAGUGAUAUAGUUCAGGCAAGCAAGAAGAAAAAAGAUGCUUCAAUGAGUGAUUCUGAAGAAGCAAGUGAGGCAGAUACAGUGGAGGAGUGGGAGAACCGGGAGGCUAUCCUGAAGAAACUCACUAAUAGGUUUCCUAAUUUAGAUAAGGAGGAGCUGAGGGAUGUACUUGAAGAGCACAACUGGUCUUUUGAUAUUGCACUUGAAGUAUUGCUGCUAUUCUCCAACACAGAUGACAUUUCACCAGGAGGUAAAAUAGAAAUAGACAAGGCCAGCAGAAGUCGUGGUCCAGCUAGUACUGAAACUGGAACACAAGGACUGAAUGGCCACGGCAGGCCGAAGGCAGAAAAAAGGAGCAAACAUACAAGAUGUCAGGACAGUGAUUCCGAAGCAGAGGAAUCAGUAGAUUCUGAUUAUGGAAAGGACAGUGAUGAGGACGCAUACAGUUCUGAUGAAGAACUGGAAGAAGAGUUGAAGAUUAAAAUACUGAGCUUCCUGCAAGAUGCUUCACUGGAUGAGCUUGCCUUAAUAUCAGGCUGCUCUUUAAAAAAAGCUCAAAAGAUUGUUGAGCUCCGGCCCUUUAAAAGAUGGGAGGAUCUGUUUAAAAAGUUUACCAAGACUAAAGGUCUGUCUGAGGACUUAAUAUGGGGUAGUAAAGACGUUCUUGGAGAGAGAGUUGUGAUCUUGAAACUUAUGACAAGAUGUGAAAACAUUUCGAAAAAGAUGACUAACGCAGUCACCAAGAUAACCUCUGGAGACAAAAGCCUUGGCACCAUCGGUCAGCCUUCUGUUCUAAGCGAAAGGCUGCAGCUGAAACCUUAUCAGCUCAUUGGGCUAAACUGGUUGACAUUACUUCAUAAAAACAAGUUGAGCGGUAUAUUAGCUGAUGAAAUGGGAUUGGGGAAGACUGUACAAGCAAUAUCAUUCCUGGCAAACCUUUACCAGGACGGAGAUGAAGGACCACAUCUCAUUACUGUACCUGCUUCUACAUUAGAUAAUUGGGUCAGAGAGCUGAAACAGUGGUGCCCUACUCUCAAAGUUCUUGUCUAUUGUGGGUCUGUACAGGACCGCAAGUAUCUCCGCCACAACAUACUUAACAACACAGUGGAGUUUAAUAUCAUUGUAUCUACGUACUCUCUGACAAUCAGCAAUGCAGAUGACCGCAGUUUAUUCAGACGUCUGAAACUUCACUAUGCUAUCUUUGAUGAGGGACACAUGUUAAAGAAUAUGAAUUCACUGCGCUACAAGCAACUCAUGACUAUAAAUGCUGACUACCGAUUGCUGCUAACCGGGACCCCACUGCAAAACAAUUUGCUUGAACUCAUGUCUCUUCUUAACUUCAUCAUGCCAAACAUGUUUUCCAGCAGCACUAGUGAGAUCUCAAAGAUGUUUUCCACAGUAAGUGUUACCAAGGAGAGGAAGAAGGGGGCAAAAUAAAGCUAUUCUGUAUAUUUUUCACAGAGGGUGAAAAGUGAGGUCCUAAAACAACUACCACCCAAGGAAGAGCAAAUAGAAUAUUGUCCAAUGUCAGAGAAGCAAGAACAAUUCUACGCUUCUAUUUUUGAGCAGCUAAAGAAGUCUGUUAAUGGAGAAAAGAAAAAGAUGUGUAAUGUGAUGAUGCAACUUCGAAAGAUGGCCAAUCACCCCUUGCUGCAUCGUCGAUACUACACAGAAGGGAAACUAAGACUGAUGUCGAAACUUAUGUUACAGGAACCCACCCACUAUGAUGCAAAUGCAGAGCUAAUCUUUGAGGACAUGGAGGUGAUGUCAGACUUUGAAUUGCAUGGCCUAUGUAAGCAGUAUACCAGUAUCAGUCAGUUCCAGUUGGAUGUAGAUGUGCUCCUUGAUUCUGGGAAGUUUCGAGUGCUUAAAGAUUUACUUGUCAAACUCCACGCUAAGGGUGACCGUGUUGUACUCUUCAGCCAGUUCACCAUGAUGUUGGAUAUUGUGGAGAUUUUGCUCAAGCAUUUAAAUCACAGAUAUGUGAGACUAGAUGGCUCAACUCCUAUGGCUGACCGGAUCCAUCUGAUAGAUGACUACAACACAGAUUUGGAUAUCUUUGUGUUCCUCUUAUCCACAAAAGCUGGAGGGCUUGGUAUAAACCUGACAUCGGCAAACGUUGUGAUUCUCCAUGACAUUGACUGCAACCCAUACAAUGACAAACAGGCUGAAGAUCGAUGUCAUAGAGUCGGGCAAACAAAGUCUGUGAAAGUGGUGAAAUUGAUCAGCAAAGGCACUAUUGAGGACUGCAUGCUAAAAAUCAACAAUAAAAAAUUAAAGCUUGAAAAGGAUAUGACUGCAGCAGAUACAGGGAAAGAAGGCUCCAUUCCUGAAGACUUGGCCACUUUGAUAAAAGCCACCUUGGGACUCUGAAAGACAAGCCUAGUCUUUAAUGCAUCUGCCAACAGAUUAAGCAUGUAAAACAAGAAAAAAAUGCAAUCUUAACAAAAUUGUCUUGCCCCAUUGCCAGAUAGUACUUUUUGAUUUUUAAAUUAAAAUAUAAACCACAAAUAUGAGCUAGUUGGACAAGCUACAGUGAUGUGUUUUGAUAAGAAUUGUUUCUCCUUUUUGCCAUUGGUCUUAUUUAAACAAUUACUACUUAUCUGUGCUUUUUCUAAUGAGGUCUUUACAGUCAGUUGUUUGUUUUUCAAUGCAGCAGGGGUACCUUGAUUAAGCAGAAUACAUGUCCAGUCUGUCUGGUGGCAAAAUUUAAUUUUACUUUACUAGAUAAAAGGUUAAAGAAUAUAAUUUGGUUGUUCCUCCUUUACUUUAGAGUGUGUGUUUGUUCUCUGUGUCUUGUAUAUUUUAUUUUGUUCAUUGUGUUUGUUAUUUAGCCAUUUCCUAUUUGAUGUUGUAACAUGUUUACAAAUUUAAAUAAAUGAUUGCAUCUC